AUGUCAAAGUCAUUCACAUUAGUUGUCCCUGCCUCGUCGGCUAACAUCGGACCGGGGUUUGAUGUCCUUGGGAUCGGUCUUGACUUGUUUCUCACUAUCAAGGCAUCUGUUGAUUCUCAAGUUGACACUUCAUCUUAUGAUUCUAAUUGUCAUUUGAGUUAUGAAGGUGAUAAUGCUCAGAAUGUUCCUCUUGAGGCCAGUAAGAACUUAGUGACAAACGCAGCAUUAUAUGUUUUGCGCUGUAAUGGUAUGUCGCUGUUCCCAUUGGGUACUCGCAUUCAUGUGAAUAACCCUAUUCCAUUAGGUAGAGGUUUAGGUUCCUCUGCUGCUGCCAUUGUGGGUGGUAUAAUGUUAGCUAACGAAAUUGGUGGGUUCGGUUUCGAUAAGUUAAGAUUAAUGGACUAUUGCUUGAUGAUUGAAAGACAUCCAGAUAAUAUUGCAGCUGCCAUGUUAGGUGGUUUUGUUGGAAGUUAUUUAAAUGAAUUAUCAGAAGAAGACCAACUUUAUAAAAGCGUUCCAUUAGAGUAUAUUUUACCUAAACUGUCCACACCAUCUGAUAAGGUUUUAAGUACACAACCUCCAAAAGAAAUUGGUGAAUACUUAAAAUAUGAUUUCAACCCCAAAGUUAAAUGUAUAACCAUUAUUCCUCAAUUUGAACUAUCUACUGAAAAGGCAAGAGCUGUUCUUCCUGAAUCAUAUACUAAACCAGACAUUAUAUUCAACUUACAAAGACUUGCUAUUUUAACACUGGCAUUAGCUCAAGAUCCUCCAAAUCAUAAUUUGAUAUAUAAUUCUAUGAAGGAUAAAAUUCAUCAACCAUAUCGUGCAUCUUUGAUUCCUGGCUUGGAGAAUGUUUUGGCAAGUGUCACGCCAACUUCAGACCCUGGUCUUUGUGGUAUUUGCUUGUCAGGUGCUGGUCCUACUAUCUUGUGCUUGGCCACAGAUAACUAUGAAACUAUUGCUUCCAAAGUGGUAUCCAUAUUUAAGGAAUCUGGCGUUGAAUGUACUUGGAAAGUUUUAGGGUUGGCUUAUGAUGGUGCUACUGUAGAACAAAAUUAA